AUGAAAAUGGCUAAAACAACAGAGAGAGAUAUCAAAUGUGUUGUUGUUGGAGAUGGUUCAGUAGGUAAGGGGACAUGUAUGCUCAUAUCUUAUACGACCAAUUCAUUCCCGGAGUAUGUCCCUACUAUUUUUGAUAAUUAUACUGCUAAUGUGUUUGUUGAUGGACGACCAAUUAGUCUUGGAUUAUGGGAUACUGCUGGUCAAGAUGAUUAUGAUCGUCUUCGGCCGCUCUCCUAUCCAGACACUGAUGUGUUUUUGAUAUGUUUCUCUCUUGUUAAUCCAAAUUCAUUUGCAAAUGUCUCAGACAAGUGGUCACCUGAGAUCAGUCAUCAUGCACCAGGUGUUCCAAAGAUAUUGGUCGUUACUAAACUAGAUCUACGAGAUAAUCCUGCUGAAAUGGAAAGGCUAAGAGGAAGAAUCAACGUCGGUCACACAGCUCAAGGAGAAGCAAUGAGAAAGAAGAUCAGUGCUGUAUCAUACAAGGAGUGUUCUGCACUAACACAAGCUGGAUUGAAAGAUAUUUUUGAUGAAGCUAUUAAAGGGUUUUAUUUCCAGAGCAACAAAAGAAAAAAAAAGUCCUAA